AUGCUAGCUGCUCAUGCAUCAGGUGUUGCCGCAGCGAUCCUCAUCGCGCACACCCCCAACGGCCAUGCUUCCUCCGAGUGCUCCUGGUACUUCUUUGCCUUUCUUGCCGACACAACCCUGGGCAUGGCCUUGUCCCUGGGACUGCACAUGAUCAUCAUGCGAGUGGCCUCCGGGGAGGCAGGGCAGGGCGCUGUGGACAUCAAAGAGACCCUUCUCGGGGCCCUCAAGGUCCUGGUGCCCUGUGGCGACUAUGGUACCCCUCCACGCUGGGAACGCUGGGCCGCUCAGGCACUGGAGUGGGUCAUGUGCGUUGUCGGCGCGCGCGCCGCCUGCGCCUCCAUCGUGCGUCGUCGAGGAGCUGCUAGAGGGGUUGUGAGGCGGGUGCCUUAUGCUCUGCAUCCGGCCUGCUCCUGUCUUCUCUACCUGCACAUCGCUGCAGCAAUACUUUGGCCCCGAUGCCCCUCUGCAGCCAUUCAUCCAAGUGUCUCACACUGCCUUUCCUCCACCCCCCUGGGCAGAUCUUUGCGUGCGCCCCACUGCUGCAGCGGCUGGCUGCCGGGCUGGACGCCGCCUUCGCGGGCCGCCCCUCCCUGGAGCUGGCGGCGGUCAUGA